AUGUCCUUGCCAGCUAGCUGGAGGCUGUUUCAGCUCUUUGAUGUGACGCCAAUAAAAGACCCGAACUUUGGUACAGAUGAGGCUCUAUACUCAGACGGAAUGUUAUCUUGCAUGACCUCAACCAAGUUAUAUUUGGUAUUAACGACGAAUAAUGCUUUCGUGAAGAUUAUAAAUAAAAGUUUCACAUUGGUCAAGUCCUUCAGUGCUUAUGAGCUUGAUUAUCGGAUAAAUUUCGUCGGAACAGUACCUAAUUCGAACCUUUUGGUUACUUUGGCAGAACGACAGGGAUACCCAUCAGUACUCAAAUUAUGGGAUCUCACAAAAAUUGUUCAUUUAGAAACAGAUGAUGAAGAUUGUUACAAGUACAAGUUUCAAUCCCAAGUUCUCGUACAUAAUGGGGAUAAUUCCUUUCCCAUCAGUUGUAUGCAAAUGAAUGAUGAUUUAACUUGCAUAGCAAUAGGUUAUACGAAUGGUAGAGUUAUUUUAAUUAGAGGGGACUUGUUGAGGGAUAGGGGAUCUAAGCAAAGAAUUAUAUACGAGUCUCAUGAUCCUAUUACUGGUAUUCAAUUCAAUGUACCAGAAGACUUGUUAUAUAUAACAACCACAUCAAGCAUUUUAACUGUACUGGCAACAGGAAGAAACCAAGGAAGACCCACCAGAAUACUCUCUGAUAAGCUUGGCGUUGAUUUGGAUUGCUCUGAUAUAGAUCCGAAAACUCAAGAACUAAUUGUUGGGAUUCCUUCAUCCAUACGCUACUACAACAGUAUUAGCAAGAGCCACACCAUCAAUUUCGAAAUUCCUAAAAAACUGAUAGAUAGAUUUGGGAAAAAUUACCUUUUGAUUGUAUCUCCAACAGAAGAGUAUAUUGAUACCACAAAGUCUAAAAAAUUGUUAACCAAGAUUAUAAUAGUAGACUUGUUCAACAAGCAUAUAUCCUUUACCAUGACUAUCCCUAACGUUUCCAUAAAAUUGACGUUUGAGAUGUGGGACGAUCUCUAUCUAUUGAGCACAGAUGGUAUUCUUCAUAAAAUCCAUGAAAAGUCAAUUAACCAACAAAUUGAGUACAUCCUCCAAAGAGAACUAUUUCCUGUCGCAUAUAACUUAGCAACCCAAUCAAAUUUACCGAAGUAUAACUUACAGAGAAUUCAAAGGCUUCAUGGUGAUUACUUAUAUGAGAAACAACAAUAUGAAGAGUCUAUCAAGAUGUAUAUUGAAGCAUUGUCUUUCUACGAUGCUAAAAGUUCUUCAAAAGAAGACCUAGAGGACUUUACCUUGAGUAUUAUCACCAAGUUCAAGGACGUUUCUAACAUUCCUAAUUUGACCAAGUUCUUACUUAAAUUAUAUCAAUUGAAUUUGGCAAAUAAUGAUCACAUCACACUUUUAUUAUGUUGCUUUUGUAAAGUGAAAAAUGUUGAAGAGCUUGAUAGAUUCAUAAACUAUUUAGACUUGACUGAUUCUUCUAAACUUCAUGAAUUAAAUUUUCAACUAAUAAUCAAUUUGUUCAAGGAAUGUGGCUAUUUUGAACAAGUUAUCAAAUUACUUUAUAAGUUGAACCAGCCGAGCUUGAUUGUUGAUAUUGAAUUAAAUGAUUUACACCAGCCACGAAAUUGCUUGACAUUCAUCAAGAGUUUGUCCAUUGACGAGCUCUUAUUAAUAUUGGUAGAGCAUUCAAAAACUUUUCUAGAUUAUCUUCCAAUUGAAACUACAGAAUUGCUAAUCAAUGUUUUCACUGGAAACUACGUUCCCAUAGAAAAUGCCAAAGAGCCAGCGGUAGACAAAAGCGAAGAGAUUAAUGAGAAAAAGCAUGAAGAGGAUCAGUCUUCGUUUCCCUUGGAUAGUUACAGGUCUUUUUUAGCAUACAUCAAAGGAUCCUCAGGCUCAGACGAUGAAUCGGAGGGUUCGCUGACGAAGACACUGCAUUUGGUGAAUCGACCGACCUAUUUACCUCCACGCCCAAGCAUUAUAUAUUCAAGCUUCGUUAAUAAUCCGAAUGAGUUUGUCAUUUUUUUGGAGGCUUGUAUUGAAGCCCUUGAUAAGUAUCAGGGUAACCUUAACGAUAAACGCAACUUGCUUAUGACCUUGUAUGAAAUGUACUUAUCAUUGGCCAGCGAGCAAAGUGAGGAAGCAGCUAAGAGGGAGUGGACUGACAAAGCGAGUGAAUUAUUGAAGCACCACGUAAGUUUGUUGGACAGAUCUGCACUCCUAAUUAUAUCUCACAUCUACAACUUCAAAGAAGGUGAAAUUAUUGCGAAGGAAGAAUCGGGGUUUGAGAAAAGUUUGUUCACUGUUUCGCAGUCUCUAGGAGAUGUUGAUGAAUGCAUUCAUAUUGUAUAUAAGUAUGGUGAGUCUCAACCUGAACUCUAUAAGAUGAUGCUAAAAUAUGCCGUUUCAAAAAAGGAGAUAUUUGACAGGUUGAACAAGAAGGAUUUUGAUUUUGUUCUAAAUCAAAUAAAGAUCAAGAAACUAGUGACUCCACUUGAAAUAGUUCAAAUCCUUAGUGGCAAUGACUUCACAACGUUGGGUCUUGUAAAAGACUAUUUGAUUGACUUCAUUGAUGAACAAAAGACAGAAAUAUCAAACAAUGUCCUGUUAGCAACCUAUUACGAAAAUGAAUCUACCAAAAACACGCAUAAACUUGCGGAGCUUGUUCACAAACCAUUUAUUAUGCAAAAUAACAAAUGCUUUUCCUGUAACCUAAAGCUUGAUUUUCCUAUGGUGCAUUUUAUGUGUAAGCACAGUUUCCAUCAAAAAUGUCUCAGUAAUAAUCUCAUGGUUUCUAAUAGUGUAGGAGAUAGCGAGAAAAGGUGCCCAAUUUGUAUAAACGAGUUAGAUGAAAUUCGGUCCGUUAGAUUGGAGCAAUUUAAGUCUAAAGAUAACGUGGCAGCUUUCGAGGAUUCUCUAAAUGAUAGUAGUGAUCGAUUCAAAUUUAUCUGCGACUAUUUGGGCAAGGGGGUUAUGGAAAAUGAAUCGGUUACCGUUUUAGAUGCCUAG